AUGGAAACUCUAUAUGGGAGGAAAAAGAGCAAUAAGAGCCCCAAGUACAACUUGCUAGUCAAUCAAUUUUUGAUUAGAGAUACAUGUUUGUUGAUGAGGUAUGUGGCUACGCAGUGCAAAGGGGUUUUCAAAGAGUUAAACAUCCUUGUCAAUGUUGACAGGGCACAGGAACCUUGCUUGUGCCAUAGCAAAGAUAUUCCCCAAUUUAAGUGCACUGUAUAUGACCUUUCUCAUGUGCUUGGUUCCCUACCCGAGAACCCUCUUAUCAAUGUUGUUGGAGGCAAUACAUUCUACCAUACCACAACAGUUGAUGCCAAUUUUCUUAUGCUUAGCAACAAAGCAACUAAUUUAUGUUUCUUAAAUACACACGACACUUAUAAGAUGUGCAACAAAGACAUGUUGCUAGAAAAUAGAGACUAA